UAUUUCAAGGCCUAACUUCAAACUCAGUGCCUCUUUGCUUGACAUGGGGAAAUCAAAAGAAAUCAGCCAAGACCUCAGGACAAAAAUGGUAGAUCUCCACAAGUCUUGUUCAUCCUUGGGAGCAAUUUCCAAACACCUGAAGCGCCUGAAUCAGGAUGAAGUAGUGAGACAGAACAACUCCGCGACUUCUGCAAUCUUCUCAAACUCCAAACAGACACCUGUUUCAGGCAGGCACGCAACAAUGUAUCGGUCCACAAAAGGAGCCUCAAAGGCUCGGAGGGAUCAAAUCAACGCAGAGAUUCAGAACAUCAAGGAACUGUUGCCCAUUUCUGAUUCGGACAAAGCUCGACUCUCCUACCUACACAUCAUGUCACUUGCCUGCAUGUACACCCGAAAGUCUGUAUUCUUCUCUCAAGACGCUCUUCAAGACGAGACCACGGACUUAAUGUUGUUUAAGGAGCUGUCAGGGCUGAUGCACGAAUUGUCAGGUUUCAUGAUACUCUUAACAAGCGAUGGAAAACUUCUGUAUAUGUCAGACAACGUCGCAGACCACCUCGGGCAUUGCAUGGUGGACCUGGUUGCCCAGAGUGAUAGUGUGUAUGAUAUCAUUGACCCUAUGGACCACUUUGUCAUAAGGAGUAACCUUGCAGGGCUACCGAUGACCACUACUGACACAGACAAGUUAUUUCGAUGUCGAUUCAAUACUACAAAGUUCAUCCGGCGACAGGGUGCGGAGAACAAGUUGAUGCUAGUCAGAGCUCGCUGCCUCACCCCACCUUGCCCUGUCUCUGCAUACUGGACCUCCAACCCAGUAUGGGUGUGUUUCUGUACCCCCCUGAGGACAAAAACGCCUUACCUUACAAUCGCCAAGAGUGCCCCCCUCACCCCACCCCCUGAGCAGUCCUUCCUACUGGCUUGUUUCCACUCUCAACACCACAGGGACAUGAGGCUUUGGGAUGCCCAGGACAGUGUGACUGUGUACCUGGGCUACGAUGUGGAGUUUCUACGCUCUCGCUCCUGGUACAGCCUGGUCCAUCCCAGGGAUCUCUCCCAUGCCUCUACACAGCACUGUCUCCUAUUGAGUGAAGGAGAGAGGAGGCAGGUGGAUAUGGUGGUGCAGGUGGAGGCAGCAGACCACUCAUGGGUCUGGCUCUAUAUGGUCCUCCAGCUGAACAUAGACGAAAGCCCUAUCAGCUGCCACAACUACAUCAUCAGCGAGUCAGAGGCAUGUUCAAUACGCCAGCAGAGCUCUUGUGAGGUGCCCAUGCAACCAGUUGGUUAUGGUCUUCGGUCCAGCCUGUCGUCUCUGGGUGAAGACAACUUCCCCCAGACACAUGGAGGACAACACCAGUGGGAACCAAAGACCAGCCUUCUCUCUGUUGGACCAACCACUUCUGCCUCACUGACUGACACUAAGUCUGAUAUUCUGACUCAAAGAAUUACCUCUCACCUAACCAAUAUGUCAGAACCCCUCCCCUCCUCCCUCACCAAGCCCCUCACCCCUCUUACUAUGCCCCACCCUCAACAGAUGGGGGAGUGUGCAUGCACUCCCCCGUAUACCCCUCAUCUUGCUAGUGGAAGUUUUCCUUUUGUGGAGAAACUGCAACUCAAUUUGGAUCCUUUCAAUGCAGCUGUGUCCUGCCCAAUGGCCCAUGAGGUUAUUAACUCAGCACAUAGUGCACCAGCCUUCUCCCAGGUCCUCUCUUCCAAGCAUCCUCAGGUACUCUUCCUGGCAGAGCCCCAUGGAAAGCUGCCCCCCACCACCAAUAGUUUUGGGGGAGAUGAAUGCUCCAUCAUGGGCCUGCCACAGAUUAGUGGUCCCUUGUAUGUGGAUGUUCCCCACAGGCCCUUCCAUGGCCCUCUGAAUGAGCUCCUCCUGACUCCAGAGGCUUCCCCCACACUUCCUCCCUGCUCCUUCUUCUCCACGGAGAAAGAGCAGGAGCGAGAGAGGGAGGACAUUUCUCUCUUGGCUAAAUAUAUUAGCUCUUUAGCUGAGGGAUUCUAUUGUGACCCAAUUUUCCCCAGAAUAACCCCACCCACCUUCUCGUCUUCACCCAGUCUUCAGGCCACAUCCCAGAAUUCCUCUCCUCCUUGCGGAGCUGAGUGUCUGCCCUGGAAGGGGCUAGACCCGCCCCUUAGCCGAGAGGAUAUCUCUCUGUAUGAGGAGAGUAUGGCUCUAGAGAGCCUAAUUGAGGAGCUCUCAACUUUCCCUUUGUCCCCCUCUUCAUGCUCCUCUCCUCCAUCUUCCUCCUUUAAGUCCUCCCCUCCAUGCUGGCCACUCACCCCAGUGAGCAGGUGUAACCCCAGCCUCUUCAAGGGUGAAUCUUCAAUUGGUGUAAACCACUUCUGUAGCGUCCAGUCGACGCAGUGUAACUUCAUGGCAGUGGGUGGAGCUAUGAUGGCCGUCGAGGCAGGGAUUAAGAGAGACGUGGAGGAGUCAUCUGAGAGUGAGAUGGAUACGGACGUGUCGGUGGAGCCUCUAUUGUCACUACCAUCAUCAGCCAUCGCUCUCACAGCCUUUCAGGAAUGUGCCCCUGCCUUUGUCCAUCCGGCUCCCACCAUCGGUUUGCCCCAUGCCCAGUCCCUUCUGGAGGAUCUGCAUACCAUGGAAUCUGUGUUUGAGGCAGAUGCCUCUUUCAACCCGUCUCGGGGUGACAACCUGAGUUGUAUCAACUCCCACUCAAACAUACAUUCACAAAGCUUCCACCAAGAUGGAACCCUGCGUGACCCUCUUCUAAAAUAAGUCUGUGACUUACUUCGUUCAGUAUGGCAUAUUGUCAUAUUUCAAGCUUUUCUUGUAAAAGCUGAAUGUGCAACAUCUAUAAAAAAUAUUCAAAACGGUGAAAUGCAUAUUCGCUCCUAUACAUAUAAGAUACUUACAAUUCAAUAUUGUAUAAUACUGUUUUCUGAUGAUUCAGUUGUACAUGCAUUACUGUGAAUACAUAUGAUUGCUGAGUAACCUCAUGAUAGAGGUCAUUUAAAGUGCCAUGUUUAUAUUCACUCAUAGUGAGGAAGAAGGCUUCUUUGAGCACAAAAUAUAAAAUGGUAAAAAUGUAACAGACCACAGCAAUUUUGUUUGGUUUUAUUCUAUAAAGAUAGUUUUAUACAUUGAUCUACACAUUGGUCAACUUGGUCUUAUUUUGUUGAAUGGAUGCAUUUUGGUUUGAAAAUCAUAA